AAAUGGCCGAUGCUCUACUUGGAAUUGUCGUUGAAAACUUGCACACUUUUCUGCGGGACCAGCUCGCAACCUUCUAUGGUGUUCAAUCGCAGAUCCAAGAACUAUCCAGUAAUCUCACUGCAAUCCAUGCUGUAAUUCAAGAUGCUGAAGAGAAGCAGAUAACAAGCCACGCCGUUAAGGAUUGGUUGAACAAGCUCUCUGAUGCAGCCCACGUGCUCGAUGAUAUGCUGGAUGAGUGUUCAAUAAAAUUCAACGCUCUGCAAAUCCCGCACGGAAAUUGUUUUUCAUGUUUCAAUCCGGAGAUGAUUUUGUUUCGUUUUGAUAUUGGUAAGAGGAUGAAAGCUAUUAGAGAUAGGUUCCUGCAGAUUGAUGAAGAAAGAAGAAGGUUUGAGUUGCAGCCAGGGGUUGUAGAGAGGCUUCAAGAAGACGAGGAAUGGCACCAGACGAGUUCUCUCAUCACGGAGCAGAGAAUUUAUGGUAGACACCAGGACAUAGAGACUAUUGUGGAGCUUCUUUCAACGGGUGCUGGUGAUGGUGAUGGUGAAGAUCUUGCUGUGUAUCCCAUUGUUGGGGUUGGUGGACUUGGAAAAACAACACUUGCUCGAUGGGUCUUCAAUGACGAAAGGGUAAUCAAACAUUUUGAUUUUAGAAUCUGGGUUUGUGUUUCCAAUGAUUUCAAUAUGAUGAGAAUUUUGAAGUCAAUUGUAGAAUCUGCUACUAAAAAGAACCCGGACCUAUUUACUCUAGAAGCGAUGCAGAAGAGAGUUCAGGAAGAGUUGCUAGGCAAAAGGUGCUUGAUUGUUCUUGAUGAUGUGUGGAAUGAAGAUCAAGAUAAAUGGGAGAAGUUGAAGUAUACCCUGCAAUGUGGAAGUGGAACUAAAGGUGCUUCAAUUUUGGUUACCACUCGACUUGAAAGUGUUGCUUCCAUCAUGGGAACAUGCCCGUUUCAUCACUUGUUACCUUUAUCUGAGGAUGAAAACUGGUUAUUGUUCAAACACUAUGCAUUUGGUCAAGAGAGGGAGGAGCGUGCAGAGCUUGUGACCAUAGGCAAGGAGAUCGUGAAAAAAUGUGCAGGUUCCCCUCUUGCAUCCAAAGCACUUGGGAGCCUUUUGCGUUUUAGAAAUGAUGUAAAACAAUGGCUCAGUGUGAAGAUAAGUAAGUUAUGGGAUAUACCUGAGGGUAAUGCUAUCAUGGAUGCUUUGAGAAUUAGCUACUUUAAUUUGGAUUUGUCUAUAAGGCGAUGCUUUUCUUUUUGCGCCAUUUACCCUCAAGAUUUUCAGAUUGUGAAGGAACAACUAAUUCACCUUUGGAUGGCCAAUGGACUCAUUAAAGCUAGAGGGAACAUGGAGGUUGAGGAAGUUGGUAAUGAAGUGUGGGAUGAAUUAUGCCAGAAAUCAUUUUUCCAAGACGUGAGGACUGAUUCAUCGGGUACAAUUACAUUCAAGAUGCAUGAUUUAUUUCUUGAACUUGCGCAAUCUAUAAUGGGCGAAGAAUGUGUGGUCUCUAAGUCUGCAAACUUGACCAGUUUGACAAGCAGAGUCCAUCAUGUGAGUUGCUUAGACUUUUAUGAAACGUUGAACUUAAAUCAAGGUGCCUUGAAGAAAGCUGAAUCCUUGAGGACUUUCAUUAACCUUUAUCCAACGUUAAGCAAUUCUCGUGUGCUGCCAACGAUCAGUUCUCUCCGUGCUUUAACUACGAGCUCUUCUAAGCUCUCAGCACUGAAGAAUUUAACACAUUUGAGGUACUUAACACUCUAUAAUAGUUCCAUCACAACCUUACCUAAGUCUGUUUCCAGGUUGCAAAAGUUGCAAAUUCUUAAGCUUGAAGAUUGUGAUUAUCUUUCCUGUCUACCCAAACAAUUAACACAGUUACAAGAUCUCAGACAUCUUAUAGUCAAAAACUGCGAGUCAUUGGUAGCACUGCCUCCCAAAAUUGGAAAUUUGAAGCGUCUAAGAACAUUAAGUACUUUCAUUGUGCAUCCAAAGGAAGGGUUUACUUUGGCAGAGUUACGUGAUUUACAACUUGGUGGCAAGCUACAUAUCAAAGGCCUUAAACAUGUCCCUAAUGAAUGUGAUGCUAAAGCUGCUAAUUUAUCUAGUAAGAAGGACCUGAAUUGCUUAUACUUAUCAUGGGGUAGUAAUGCUAAUUUGCAGUGUAAUGAUGAUGAGAAAGUUCUUGAAGCCCUUGAAGCCCACUCCAAUAUCAAGAGUUUUGGGAUGAAGGGUUAUAAUGGAACAAAAAUGCCCAAUUGGAUGAAUAAUAUUUCACUUCUCUCCAGGUUAACUAAUGUUAUAUUCUAUGACUGCAAUAAUUGUGAGCAGCUUCCUGCACUUGGUAAAUUACCACAUUUAACAAUUCUUUUUGUAUGUGGAAUGAGAGAUUUGAAGUACAUUGAUGAUGAUGCAUACGAGGGUGCAGAGGAAAAGGCUUUUAAGUCCUUGAAGAAGCUGACUUUGUUCCGGUUGCCAAAUUUGGAGAGGGUGCUGAGAGAUGAAAGAGCAGAGAUGCUCCCACUUCUUUCUGAAUUAAGCAUCUCAUGUGUCCCCAAAUUAAAAUUGCCUCACCUUCCAUCUGUUUCACAUCUUCAAAUUCAAGGAUUGAAGUCUGUAUUUGAUUAUAAUGGUAAUAAGAGCAUUGCUUCCUUCCCUGAACCGAUUGUGCAAAAUAUGCAUCAUAUUAAGACCCUAAGAAUUGAAUAUUUCUAUGAAAAGGUAUUACCAGAUGAACUCAGCAGCCUCAGCGUACUGCAGGAAUUAGUACUUUUUGGUUGUGAUGAACUUGAGUCUCUUUCAGAGAAUGUGUUGCAAGGUCUGAGUUCUCUUCGAAUUUUGAAGAUUAUGUGCUGUGAUAGAUUAAAUAACUUGACAGAAGGUAUGAGGCACCUAAUGCAUCUUGAGCGCCUUGAGAUUUGGGCUUGUCCAGAGCUGGUAGCUCUGCCAAGUAGCAUGAAUCAGCUAACUUCCCUUCUUGAUGUUACAAUAUUUGGUGAGGACAAUAACCCUAUCAUACCAGAAGGGUUACAAUACAUCCCUUCCCUCCAAAUUUUGACUCUAUAUAAUGUAGAUUCAUUGCCAGAGUGGUUGGGACAUAUGACUUCUCUUCAACAGUUACACAUUGGUUUGUGUCCUGAGUUAAGGUCACUGCCCAGUGGCUUUCGGCACCUGACCAACUUGCAUAAGCUAUACAUUAAUGAGUGCCCGAAGCUUGCAAAGCAAUGCAAGAGAGAAUCUGGGGAAGACUGGCAAAACAUUGCUCACAUCCCACAUUUUGAAUUGGUUGCAGUGCAGGAAGAGACAUUUUGUGAUAAAAUCAGUACUAAAUGGAAUCCGAGGAAGUCAACCAAAGAUCAGAGUUAUUAUCUCACUCCAGAUUAUGAAUUUGACAGAAUGGUUGAUCAGCUCUGAGUGAAAAGCAAAUAGAUGGAACCAAUAUUUGCACAUGUCAUUGCCAUGUUCUGCAACAUAAAGAAUUUUACUUGUGGACCAGGCGACCAGCCACUGAACAAUGGUUAGCAUUGGCUAUUGAGUAACAUAACUCUUUCUAUUUUUACUUUUUUAUUAUUAUUUUUAAUCUUGAAGAAAUGUUUAACUAUUCCAGUAAAUGCCAAAUGAGUGACUUAAUUACUAUGCAUUCUUGUUUUAGAUAAGUCUAACAAUGGUCGAGCUAAAUAGAUUUACUAAAUUGCAUGACUCGAAUUUCCGUUCCCUGAUAUUAUUUGU